CGCCGGAGCCAGGGCAUGCUGUCCUGUGGGAAGAGCCAUGAUGUUAAGGCAAAGCAAAGGCAGGCGGGGUGCUGGCACAGCCCCCCUGAGCCUGUUUAGAACUGCCCUGCUGUUCGUCAGCCUGCCACAGGGCAUGAGCGGCAACAGUGUUCGGGGCCACACUUUGCCACUGACAGGGGGCCACUACCUGAGCAUUGGGGACGGCUCUGCGAUGGAGUUCGAAUUCCCUGAGGACAGCGAGGGCAUCAUUGUGAUCUCAAGCCACUACCCAUGCCAGACGAAUGGGACACGCCUGGGCCCCUCCCUGCGGGUCACAUCACUGGACACAGAGGUGCUGACAAUCAAGAAUCUCGUGGACCCGCAUGACGCUCCCCCAACACUCAUUGAGGAGCGCCGAGACUUCUGCAUCAAGGUGUCGCCUGCUGCGGACGGCCUCACUGCCGUGGGCGCGGCCCAAGCCCACUUCUCUGAGAGCCCGAUACUCUAUCUGCUCCUGCCUCUGAUCUUUGUGAACAAGUGCUCAUUCGGCUGUAAAGUGGAACUCGAGGUUCUCAAGGGACUCAUACAUAGCCCCCAGCCCGUGCUGCUGGGCCUCCUGGGCCAGUUUCUGGUCAUGCCCUUGUACGCCUUCCUGAUGGCCAAAGUCUGCAUGCUGCCUAAGGCCCUGGCGCUGGGCCUCAUCAUCACGUGCUCAUCGCCCGGCGGCGGAGGGAGCUACCUCUUCAGCCUCCUCCUUGGAGGGGAUGUCACUCUGGCCAUCUCCAUGACUUUCACCUCGACGGUGGCCGCCACUGCCUUCCUGCCCCUGUCCUCAGCCAUCUACAGCCACCUGCUCAGCAUCCAUGAAACACUCCAUGUGCCCAUCUCCAAGAUCCUGGGCACGCUGAUGUUCAUCGCCACCCCCACAGCAGCAGGUGUGCUCAUCAAGUCCAGGCUGCCUCGCUUCUCGCAGCUGCUGCUGCAGGCCAUUAGGCCCUUCAGUGUCGUGCUGCUUCUGGCCGGCCUCUUCCUCGCCUACCACAUGGGCGUCUUCAUUCUGGCCGGGGUCAGGCUGCCUAUCGUGCUGGUGGGCCUCACAGUGCCCCUUGUUGGCCUCCUGGUGGGCUAUGGUCUAGCCACGUGUCUGAAGCUGCCAGUGGCCCAGCGGCGGACCGUCGGCAUCGAGGUAGGGGUGCAAAACAGCCUGUUGGCCUUAGCCAUGUUGCAGCUGUCCCUGCGCCACCUUCAGGCUGACUACGCCUCCCAGGCGCCCUUCAUUGUGGCGCUCAGCGGCACCUCCGAGAUGUUAGCCCUGCUCAUCGGCCGCUCCAUCUACAGCAGCCUGUUCGCUGUCUCCUGAGGCUGUUGGGUCACAGCUCUGUUCACCCUCAGCGCCGAGACUCCACCAUGCCCACAGUUCUUGCGUACCAAAGGCCUUUAGUUCUCACGCACUAUGCAGCUGGAAAACAAAAAAUACAGGCUUAUUUUUUGUACUGAUUUUUUUUAUUCUCCAGCUUUCAAAGCGCCAGAGGCCAUGCUGAG